AUGGUCUCGCUCCACGCCAAGCAACCCACGCCUCGUCUCCUCCCCGCGCCACCGAGCCAUGCCCGUCCGCCCCCGGCAGCGGCGGCGGCCAUUGUACGCCACUCUGCGCCGCCGCCUGACGUCGUCCUCGACUGCAAACGGUUGGACGGGCUGAUGAAGUCCGGGAGGCUAGGGGACGCCCUGGACCUGUUCGACCGGAUGCCUCGCAAGAACGUCGUCGCGUGGACCACGGCCAUCUCCGGGUGCACGCGGAACGGGCGGCCCGAGGCGGGCGCCGCCAUGUUCGCGGACAUGCUGGAGUCCGGCGUCGCGCCCAACGACUUCGCGUGCAACGCGGCGCUGGCGGCGUGCGCGGCCGCGGGCGCCGGCGCUCUCGGCCUCGGCGCGCAGGUGCACUCGCUCUCCGUGCGGGCGGGCUUCGCCACCGACGCAUGGAUCGGGAGCUGCCUCAUCGAGCUCUACUCCAGGUGCGGCUCCCUGCGGGCGGCCGAAGAGGUGUUUCGCUGGAUGGAGGCGCCGGACGUCGUGGGGUACACUUCGCUCGUCUCGGCGCUCUGCAGGAACGGAGAGCUCGAACGGGCCGUGGAGGUGCUCUGUCAGAUGAUGAGGCAGGGGUUGCAGCCGAACGAGCACACGAUGACGAGCAUGCUGGUGGAGUGCCCUCGUGUGAUUGGCGGGCAGAUACAUGGAUAUAUGCUCAAGGUAAUGGGUUCACAGAGCGUCUAUGCAUCGACUGCACUGAUUGACUUCUAUUCGAGGCACGGUGAGUUUGACAUGGCGAAGACAGUGUUUGAAAAUCUCGACUCCAAGAACGUGGUGUCGUGGUGCUCCAUGAUGCAGCUGUGCAUUAGGGAUGGAAGGUUGGAAGAUGCACUGCGAGUGUUCAGCGAGAUGAUUUCAGAGGGCGUUGAACCAAAUGAGUUUGCAUUUUCAAUUGCUCUCAGGGCUUGUGGGUCUGUUUGUCUGGGGCGUCAAAUUCACUGCUCGGCCAUCAAGCGCAACCUAAUGACUGACAUCCGAGUAUCAAAUGCUCUACUCUCUAUGUAUGGUAGGAGUGGUUUUGUUUCAGAAGUCGAGGCUGUGCUUGGCAAGAUUGAAAAUCCUGAUCUUGUUAGCUGGACAGCUGCCAUUUCUGCGAACUUCCAGAAUGGUUUCAGUGAGAAGGCCGUAGCAUUGCUUCUUCAGAUGCAUUCGGAAGGUUUUACUCCGAAUGACUAUGCCUUCUCUAGUGGUCUGAGUUCUUGUGCAGACUUGGCAUUGCUGGAUCAAGGAAGGCAUCUUCAUUGCCUGGCAUUGAAACUGGGGUGUGACUUCAAAGUUUGUACUGGGAAUGCACUAAUUAACAUGUAUUCCAAGUGUGGUCAAAUUGGAUCUGCAAGGCUUGCAUUUGAUGUCAUGAAUCUUCGUGAUGUCAUGUCUUGGAACUCACUGAUUCAUGGCCUCGCACAGCAUGGAGACGCAAACUUGGUAAUGGAGGCAUUCAGUGAGAUGUGUUCAAGUGGUUGGCAGCCAGACGAUUCAACAUUUCUGGCAGUCCUGGUAGGGUGCAAUCAUGCAGGCCUGGUAAAGGAAGGGGAGACAUUCUUCAGACUAAUGACUCAUCAAUAUGGUCUCACACCGACCCCUUCUCACUAUGCAUGCAUGAUCGACAUGCUGGGUCGAAAUGGCAGAUUCGAUGAAGCGCUACGCCUGAUCGAGAAUAUGCCAUUUGAGCCUGAUGUUUUGAUCUGGAAGACACUAUUAGCAUCGUGCAAGCUGCACAGGAAUCUUGACAUUGGGAAGCUCGCAGCAGACAAGCUGAUGGAGCUUUCAGAAAGAGACUCCGCGAGCUACGUGCUGAUGUCAAACCUGUACGCGAUGCACGAAGAAUGGCAGGAUGCCGAGAGGGUGCGUCGGAGGAUGGAUGAAAUUGGGGUGAAGAAGGAUGCCGGUUGGAGCUGGAUCGAGGUCAAGGACGAGGUCAGCACCUUUGUUGCAAGAGACACGUCUCAUCCAGACUCCGCAUCCAUCUAUCAGAUGCUUGCAGAGCUCGUUGUUGUGAUGCGAGAUACAGAGUUAGAUGUUCAUAUGCAGAUUUAG